AUGGGGAGUGGAGCCCUGACCCUGGUGGGCCUCGAGGGCCCUGCUGACAAACCACCAGGGGUCUCAGCCCUGUCCCCAGAAGCCACCGAGGGAAGCGAGGGUUUGACCUCUUUCUGGAUUUGGAGCUGCUGGGGGAAGCGACAGGCUGACGACAGCCCUGCCGCCCAGCAGGAGGCAGAGCCGCAGUGUCGUCGGGCACACACGGGCACGAUUCCACUGCCGUCUGCCUGCACCUUGGCGGGAGACGGGGAGGCCAGGGCAGAGCAAUGCCACCCUGAAGCCACCGUGCCACGGCGACACGAGGGAGUGGAUGGGCAUGAGCCCCACCGAGCACCGAGCCCCGAGCAGGGCCGAGAGCGCGGGGCACCGAGCCCCGAGCCCCGAGCAGGGCCGAGAGCACCGAGCACCGAGCCCCGAGCCCCGAGCAGGGCCGAGAGCGCGGGGCACCGAGCACCAAGCACCGACCAGAGCCCAGAGCACCGAGCACCGAGCACCGACCAGAGCACAGAGCACCGAGCACCGAGCACCGAGCCCCGAGCAGGGCCGAGAGCGCGGGGCACCGAGCACCAAGCCCCGAGCAGGGCCGAGAGCACCGAGCCCCGAGCAGGGCCGAGAGCACCGAGCCCCGAGCACCGAGCCCCAAGCAGGGCCAAGAGCGCAGGGCACCAAGCACCAAGCCCCGAGCAGGGCCGAGAGCGCGGGGACGGGCCACAGUGCCAGGAGAGGGACUAG